AUGGCGACCGCAGAUCAGCCCACGCAGACGGAUUGGGACCCAGCGGAAAAGUUCCCCGCGGAACUGUUGCAAUUGAGCAACAGCAAGACGCCUUUGGUGUUCUUCCACGCACUGACAUGGUUGAAGUCGCAACGCAGGACUGGGUGGUUGCAGAACGGGAUCCCCCAAGAGUCAGCAGAGUCCAUCAGCGACCACAUGCACAGGAUGUCCCUGAUGGCGCUGUGUCUGCGAACCGGUGGGAUCGACCCUCAGAAGUGUGCGAUGAUCGCGAUGGCGCACGACGUCGCCGAGUGCCUCGUCGGGGACAUCACUCCGCAGGACAAGUCCGUGACCAAGUGGGAGAAACACCUCAGAGAACUGAAGGCGAUGCAGUUUCUUUGUGGCGGGCUUCUCGGGUCGUACAACGCUGCCGCUGCAGAACAACUAAUGGACAGGUGGCUGGACUACGAGGAACAGAGGUGUCUUGAGGCUGUGUACUGUAAAGACCUGGACAAAUUCGAAAUGCUCGUGCAGUGCUUCGAGUACGAGAAGCAGUACCGUGGCGAGAAGAAACUGGAGCAGUUCUACUCCUCCGCAAAGGAUAUAUCUACAGAUGAAGUUGGCCAAUGGUUACAAGCUCUCCUGGAGGAAAGACGCGCAUUCUUUGCAUCGUUGACACAGUAA